UUUCCACACGCUCAUCCGUGGCCGCGGGAGACAACACAUCAGCUCCCGACCUUCUUUUCCGAUCAUUCCCUGCUUUGCUGACUGCAUGUUCAGCCACACACUGCCCCCUCCUGCGCAUCCUCACUUCGGCCCCGCCGCAUGCAGCCCGGGCGAGCAUGGACAGUCGCGUCCUCGAGCAUCAUCCUCACGCCCACUUCGGUGGCUCCUUAGGCGGGCUGGUGGGUUUUCCGUACCCGCUCGGUCCUCACCACCACCACCAGCAGCAUCAGCAUCACCAGCAACAUCACCACCACCACUCCCAGCAGCACGUCUACGAGCUCGCCAGCGCGCACCAGCUUCAAUCUGCGGCCGCGGUCCCCUUCUCUAUAGACGGAUUACUUAACGGCUCCUGCUCGGCCUCGGUGGUCAGUUCCAGCGGGCUCUUGUCGCCCGACGGACCGUACAAACUCUCCGAUCCCGGGGACCCAGACAAAGAAAGUCCUGGUUGUAAACGGAGAAGAACCAGGACCAAUUUCACAGGCUGGCAGCUGGAGGAGCUGGAGAAGGCCUUCAACGAGAGCCACUACCCUGAUGUGUUCAUGCGGGAGGCACUGGCCCUCAGGCUCGACCUGGUGGAGUCCAGGGUUCAGGUUUGGUUCCAGAACCGACGUGCUAAGUGGAGAAAGAAGGAGAACACAAAGAAAGGGCCUGGUCGGCCUGCGCACAACUCCCAUCCGACCACAUGCAGCGGUGAGCCCAUGGACCCUGAGGAGAUUGCGCGGCGGGAACAAGAACGUGCAGAGAAGAAGAAACGCAAACAGGAGCGGAAGCUGCUCAAGUCACAAAACAAACUUCUGCAAGGUGACAGCUUCCACACACCCGGCGGUUCAGAAAGCGACAGCGGUGUGUCGCAAUUCACCGACAGCGAGCAGCAGCCUUCUUCAGGCCUGAACGGGAAUAUUCACAUGGAACUUCCCCUGACAACGAGAGGCUCCGAAGUACGACACCAAACCGAAUCCAGCUGUGACCAAACACGACACUUCAACCACCAAAACCAAAGAAGAGAAGCAGAGCAGGUUUCUCCGGAAAGCACGCACAGCUCUGGUAGUCCUGCAGGAUCGAGGUCGUCGGCCCUGCAGAAGCGCAACCCUUUCAGCGUGGAGAGCCUUCUCUCGGACGCCACGCCUCGACGGAAACCACAGCUGGACUUCUCUCUGCCCACUCAGAGGACACUGGUGGGUAAAGGCCACUUUUUGCUUUACCCCAUUACCCAUCAGCCUCUUGGCUUUCUUGUGCCACAAACGGCCUUGAAGGCAGCGCCAUGUCAGGAGGGCAACAGGCUCCACCUCGGACAAAGCCUUGAACAGACUCCCACUGACCUUUCUUGCAGUCUCACUAAGCCUACAACCACGGAUCAUAAAACACCCAACCACCACGGUCCUGAUAGCAAUAGAGGCGACUCAGAGGAACAUGCUGGCGACUGUGGUGUGCUUCCCGACUCUCUGACGUCCUUGCAGUGUGGCAAUUCCGACGAGAUGCAAGCAGAGGCCAAGCUGACUACCGACUGCCAAGCUGAGGAGCAGAGCGUGAAAGAGGAACAGAGUGCGAAAGAGGAGCGGAGCGCAAAAGAAGAGCCAGCAUCUCCAGACCUCUCAGAGUGUCUCAGCAUAAACACAGACUGUAGAAAUGCACCCGAAACAGAUGGCGAGGAUGUGGAUAUGGACUAACGCAUGCUUGCUCAGACACUGUCAGAAAUAAGGGGCGCAGUUGGAGUCAAUUUUGCUCCUACAAGGUACCGUCUAACCUAAUGUACCUCAUAGAGCUGAUUGGUAGACUCAAUGGUACCUCAUCCAGGGCCGCUAAAGGUACAGGAAUGUUCCUGAGCUGUCAAAGGCGUAAUGGAUAAAAAAAAACCUUUAAGGUUUGUACUCCUUAAAGGUACAUUUUGUUCUGAGAGUGGACUGUUCAAACAUUCCCAAAGCUCUGCAUACAGUAGAUGCUUGCAAACAUAUCAGGAAUACACGCGUUUCCACCAAGUGGUACAGUUCAGUUCGCUUAGGUACAGUUGGGAACGAUAAACCCUGAUUUGGUGCACUAAACAAACAACAUACAGGCAUCAUAGAAGUGCAACAAGAGGCUCUACUACACAGAAAUCAGAGCUGUAACAGAUGACUUACUAUUCAUACAGAACCCAGUGGAGGCGAGGUCACAGUUGUGUGUGACUCAGUCAGUUUAACAUUGAUAUGACAAUAAUCUUUCACAAGAACUCAGCAAAGGUGGAUUACCGACGCAGUUGCGUGCAACAAAAUUUCCUUUCAUACAGAACACAGUGAAGACAGACUAUUGCUGCAACUGUGUAUGAGCCAGUUUCACACAGCUGUCCUACCAUUUUUGGCAUUUACAGCCUUUACACGGUGUAGUCCCAGCUCUGUCACAGCUUUGAUACGAUCUGCAGAACAAGCUGUGUAAAAGGGGCUAAAGUCAUUCAUUCAUUGCCUGACACCCAAUUAAUGAACUGCAAUGUGCCCAGCUCCACCCUCUCGGACAUUUGGCAACCCAAAAGAAAAGUCACUAUAUCACUAUUUCAGCAUUCUGCAGAACUUUCAGCAAAGGUGGUAAAAAAAAAAAAAAUGCACCAUCCAUUGAGAACUGAACUGCACAUCUUGGCGGAAAAGGGGCUAUAAUUCCCGCCUACUUUUUUAAAUCACCUGUCCAAAAUCCUGAGGUUAACCCUCCUCAUCACCCUCAUCAUCAGAUGCAGGUUUUCUCCUUUUGGUCGAGCAAAACCUGUAAAAGAAAACAUCUUUACUUGCAACGGAAAUCCUCAGAUAUUGUACAAAGGAGAAAAUGAU